ACAUUCUAUGAAAUCGCAUCACGAAAAAAAGAAUAAUACCGCGGGUCGAGCAGCUCAGUCGGUUUAUCAUACUCGAAUACUUACAUACACACACACCUACCUACUGUCUACACCACCUUUGUAAUUCUUGGCAAACGAGAAACGGUUUCAACGACGACGACGCUAGUCUAGAACGCAGAUGAAAAUAAAUCCGCGCACCGUACGUGCAGUUAUACGUAUAUACGAUAUAGUGCGUAUGGUUGUCAACUAGAAUAAAGUAAAUCAAAAUUUUUGCAGGUGUUUCAUCUACAUAAACGUUCGAAGCACCGGUUACACGAAGACAAGUGAUGCGGUAUCGUGAACGGGAAUAUUUAACUGUCGUUACGUUCCUCAACGAAAGUGCUAUUCUAUCUACAAAUGUUAUUGUAAAUGGAUAGAAAUCGUGUGCAAUAUUUCACCUUUUCAUUAAUACUUCUGUACGGUUAAUCGUAUGUGUCUAUAAGCCACAAAUGAGACGUAAGUACAAAUGUUUUAAACAAAAAAACAACAACAACAACAACAAUAAUAAUAAUAAUAUUUUACGAACACGUAUGGUGAUUAUGAAUAUUUCUUAACAGAAAUAAUAUGACGACGUUUUAAACAUGUUUAAACUGACGCGAUUUAAUUAUUCUACUAUUAAAAUUCAUCGAUUAUAAUAUCGGCGAAGAAACUUGAAUUAAGAAGAAAGAAUUUACCGGACGGAAUUUCGUCUCGAUUAAGAAGACGAACUCAACAUAGAAAAUGAACGUCACCACGAUAAGCACGGCUGGAGUCAGCACUGCGAUUGCCGGUAUUGUUGCACUGGGUACCGGUGUCGUCGUUGAAAAUACGAGGGGGGAAAUAGCCGACGCUGGUGACGACGUCUCGCCGGUAACUCUGUCUUCCGAUUGGUCGAGGGUUGCCCGUCUUCUGCUCCUGGCGUCUCUGGCCGUCGUCGGUAGCGUCGGUAACGUCUUCAUGAUAUCGGCGGUAAUGGUCGAGGAUCAUUUGAAGAAGAGGGGUAACGCUUUUCUGGUCAACGUUGCACUUGCCGAUCUUCUCGUUACCGGCCUCGUUAUUCCUGCUUCUGCGAUUGUCAUUUUAGCCGGUCAACAAGAAUCUCCUAGUAUAUGUCGUUUCGAGUGGAGUUUAGAGGCCGUUUGUUUUCUCGUCACCGUUUUCACUCUCGCUACCAUCGCCGUAGAGAAUUAUGCCCGUCUUUGCCUGUCCGAAGAAAGGUACGAAGCAUUGACGCCGAGUUGCGUGACAAGCCUGAUACUGACGGCCUGGUUAAUCGCCGGGACGACGGUAGCCCUCCAGUCGUCCCUGGACCUGGGGCCGGACUUUUGCGGGCGACGAUUCAACGGCAUCGCCUUAGUCCAGGCCGUCGGCGCGAGUAUCGUCGUUGGAGUACCGGCCCUGAUAACGAUACUAGCCUACCUCUGCCUCGUGGUGCGGGUGCGCAGGGCGACGAGGGCAUCGUUCAAACCACCGGUGGCAUUCACCUGGGACUACGACCUGACCAAGACCAACAUGUACAGCUUCGCAAUGUUCGCAGUCUUCUGGCUACCCUUUGGCGUCACCCUCUGCGUCAGUUCCGUUCGCCCGGUAAGCGCCAGGGUGUUUUACAACCUGGCGUGGUUCGCCUUGUCGAAGUCCUGUUUCAACAACCUUUUGUACUGCGUCGCCGAUCGGCACUUCCGCAAUGCAUACGUCAAGCUCUUUCAUUACUGCUGCUGCAAGACCACCGUCAGCUUCUCAAGACGGACACGCGGUGACGGCACCGGCAGAUCUUCCGGCGACGUUCGGCUUAGGGUUCACAUUAUACAUUCGUAUGCAAGCCCCGCUUCCUGUAGACCAACUGUCGCCAGGCCCAAUGGACGGGACGUUUACGAGUUGUAGACAUUUCACUGAUCGUUCAGCUAUUCUGUGGAAUAAUUAUUAUUAUCGAAUUUUUCUGCAGUACGAGAUGCGGAAAGCAUUUAUUAUUUGUCUAUAACAGGUAUUAUGACGAUACCCGUUACCGUGCAGGCUGCACUAUAAGUCUAUAGGCUGCACGCCUCUUUGACCAGAGGGGAUACAAUACAGAAGAGAGUCAUCGAAGAACCGUCGGUAAGUCAGAUCACUGCACAUACCUGUAUCUACAACAAUUUUCUCUGAUGUCCUGUGUUGAGCGGAAACUUGUGUUAGAUACCAAACGGAUUUCCGUUCUGUCUUUAGUGAUAGAUUCUUUUACGUUUCUUCUUUUCUCUGUUAUUCUUUAACCCAGAAGUAGCUUUGGCACUUCGGGUCCGUUGAAUAAUUUAUACAGUACGUCGAUUUAGUCGAGGCUGCAUUUUAACUUGUAAUAAGAAAAACUAUCAAUCUCUAUUUUCUUUCUUUUUUCUUCGUAUUUUACUCCCGCGGAAUACAACGGCCUAGAUUUCCGAAAGACUUUUAUACAUAACUUAUAUUACUAUACGAUUAAUAGUUUUUACUAUAUCGUUGGGUGUAAAUGUCCCUCUGUAUCGUACUACAUAAUAUAACGUAUAGGUGUAUCAUCUAUUCGUGUAGUAUAUUUAAUGAUAUAGGUGAAUUGCGGUGAUAACUGUUCAUUAAUAUCAUUUGUACAAUUACACACUAUUCCGUUAAAGAACUUCUUUUAUACUUGCAGCUUUCCGUUUUUAUGAUCACCGUAAUAAUGUGUAUAGAUGUUCCUACUGUAUAUUGACGUGACGCGACUGGCGGAUAAAUAGAAAGUAAUUAUCAUUCACGCUACAACUAUAUUUCAUUAAUAUUGUCUAUUCAAUUUACCGC